UGCACGCCAGAAGGAGCCAAGCGGCGGUGUCGUCGGCCAGGAGAGCCCAGAACCAGAACCAGAACCAGAAUCCAGGUUAAGACCCGCUGCGGUGGUUGUUGUCCAGCAGCAGCAGCAGGAUGUCCUUCUGUCGGUUUGUGGGGGAUGAGAUCUACAGAGAUCACUUUAAACCAGGAAUCUACGCCUGCUCCAACUGCACCCACCCUCUGUUCUCCAGUCGGGCCAAGUUCCCCCACUCGUCUCCGUGGCCGGCGUUCACCGACACCAUCAGAGAGGACAGCGUCACCAAGAUGAUGGAGACGCUCACCGCCUACAAGGUUCUGUGCGGAAAGUGUGGCACCGGGCUGGGCCACGAGUUUGUGAACGACGGUCCAGAGGAUGGAGCGUCCCGCUUCUGAAUCUUCAGCCACUCGCUCAAGUUCAUCCCAAACAAAGGUAACGGCGAGCAGUAAGGAGCGAGCAGACGGCUGGUUCUGCUGCUGCUCGGCACGGGUCCAGGUUUCAGGUCGGGUCAGAGGGUGACGUGGACGGGGGAAAGGCCUGAGAAGGACUCCCUGCCUGCUGAUGAUCACUGACCAACCUGGACCACACGUCUGCUGAUAUUCUUAGAACAAACUUCCAGCGAGGCGUCAGAACGUUGCUGAGUGUAGAGACUCUGAGCGGUUCUCCUGCAGGUUCCUGGUACCUCCUGCUGCUGAGUGAAUGAUUGCUGGGUGGAGACGCGCUCUCAGCCACUGUUAACACUGGGACAUAGGAAAUACACGACUUUUCUCCUGCAGCAGCAUCAUUUUAAAUGUCUUUAUUCUGCUGGGAGUAUUUUCUAUGAAAAAUAAAUAGAUUUUUACAAGUUUCUGGUGCAACACCUAUCAGCUCCCCUGUUAGUCCAAUAAGACAGCAGCUGUAAGCUUUGACAGGCUACAGAGCCAUCUGUGACCCAUUUAGACCAAAUUAUUUAUUGAAAUGUAGCACUUCUUAAAAAAGCUAUUUAUUAAGUGUAUUAUUAUACCAUUUUAUGUCACAUUUGUAAUUAAAAAUAGAAGCUGUAGAUUUUGGACCACAUGUUAUCCCCGGGUCCUCCAGCUGCAGCCGUUCUGCAGGAUUUAGGCUGAUUUGGUUCGGUGAACUUUUCCUGUGUUGCUUUUUGGAUCGCUGUAUUGUUGAACGGUUUGUAAAUCUCCAGAUAUUUAUUUAUCUAUUUGUCUUAAAACCUAAAAUAACAAAUAAAGCAAUUACAUUCAA